GAGCCCGGCGCCAUGACCCUCACCAAAGGCUCCUUCACCUACUCCAGCGGCGAGGAGUACCGCGGCGAGUGGAAGGAGGGGCGCCGGCACGGCAUCGGGCAGCUCACGUUUGCCGACGGCACCGCCUACGUGGGGCACUUCGAGAACGGGCUCUUCCACGGCUGCGGCGUGCUCUCCUUCCCGGACGGCUCCAGGUACGAGGGGGAGUUCGUGCAGGGCAAGUUCAACGGCGUCGGCGUUUUCACGCGCUGCGACAACAUGACCUUCGAGGGCGAGUUCAAAGGCGGGCGCGUGUACGGCUUCGGUCUCCUGACGUUCCCCGACGGCUCCCACGGAGUGCCGCGCAACGAGGGCUUCUUUGAGAACAACAAGCUGCUGCGGCGCGAGAAGUGCCCGGCCGUGAUCCAGAGGGCCCAGAGCGCCUCCAAGUCCGCGCACAACCUCACGGCGUGAGGGCAGCGCGGGCCCCGCUGCCGUGGGGCACG